AUGGCACAUCCUUUCCGUGCUGAGCAUAUCGGCUCUCUUCUGCGCCCUGCAGAGCUACUCGCGGCGCGUUCGGCUGCUGGGGUAACAUCUUCGUAUUCCCAAAUGACCGAGGACAUCCACAAAGCCACUGAUCAAGCCAUUGCUGGCGUCGUUGCUAAGCAGCUAGAGCUUGGCGUCCGUCCGAUAACCUCAGGAGAGUAUGAGCGAGACAAAUUUUACUCCGGGUUUUUCGAAAAGCUUAAGGGCAUGGAAGUCAUCAAAGAUAUCCCAAUUUCAAAGGGAUAUCGGACCAAUUUUCCGACACUGAGAACAUUGAAGGCUCUCGGAAUUAUGACACGUGAUUCAGUCGUUGCUGUCGAUCGGAUUUCCCGCAGUGAUUCCCCUUAUUUGUCAGAGUGGAAGGCUUUGCGGAGCCGACUUCCUCGAGAACUGUGGAAGGAUUGCAAACUGACCAUGCCGCCAAUAACUCAUAGCCAUAUGCAGAUGGCUACCGGGACUGCUUACCGCCCCAACAUCUAUUCUUCAGAUCAGGAGUACUUCAAAGACCUCGCAGACGCAUAUGUUGCUGAAUUCCGUGCACUCUACGAUGAAGGACUGCGUUCUAUUCAAAUCGACGACCCAUGCCUAUUGUUCUUUGUGACGGAUGAAUUCCGAUCUGGCUGCGUAGCAGAUGGGAUAGAUCCCGAUGAGCUCCUCGACGAAUAUAUCUGGGCGCACAACCAAUGCCUUUUUGGAAAGCCCGCAGAUCUUCACGUCGGGCUGCAUCUUUGCCGUGGUAACAUGGCCGGGUCGACCCAUAUCAUGAGCGGGUCGUAUGAGCGGAUCGCCAAGAAGAUAUUUUCUGAGUUAGCGUAUGACACAUAUUACCUCGAGGCAGGGGAUUUUCAACCGCUUCGUCAUUUGCCUAUCGGUAAGAAUGUUAUUCUGGGGGUAAUUUCCACCAAAUCGCCAGAUCUGGAGAGCUUGGAUGAGCUAGUGGCCCGUGUGCACUCUGCGGCACAGGUCAUAGCUCUCGGCCAGGAACGCAGUGUGGCCGAAGUGAUAGAAUCGAGCCUUGGGGUUAGUCCACAAUGUGGAUUUGCCAGCAUGAGCUCAGGAGGAGCUAAUGGAAUGACGAUGGAUAUUAUGUGGGCAAAGUUACUCCUGGUUCAGCGCCUCGCUAAGCGAAUCUGGGGCUGA